AUGGCCCCAUUACCAAAUUUGUACGAACGACAGCUCCCCUCCAAGCAUCAGAAGCUAGCGGAGGUGGAUGCUUUGGGAUCUGUGACUUUGUGGACGCACUUCUACAACUGCAUCGACUUCACAAAGGGCACUGCUUUCGACGUGCACGAUGUAACCUCGACGGCCGAAGAAGACCUUGUUGCAGCUGCCUAUAAGAUUUAUGCCAGUGAGGCUGAAAAGAAGGAUGCCAUCCUAGAGAAUGAAUUCUUUCUCAGAUUGUUAAACAGGUGCGUCACAUGCACCUACGACAUGAUUCAAGGAAUGGAUUCUUGGCUCCAAGAAGAGACUGGGACUUCUGCAUUCCAGACGCCUGCUCUAUUGCACAUUCUUGUUGCCGUCACUAUUAAGCACUACAACUACGAGGUUCUUGUUGCCUUGACAAAAUUUGCGCUACCGCCGUCCAGCAUUUUCACUGUUUGUCCAUCACCGACAAUUUCUUACUUGGAGCCGGGUCUUUCACGAACCGGAUGGGACGCACUUCGGCGCGCGGGUUGGAUCACGGCAUCGCAGCGUCCACUAAAACCUACGGAGGAGUCUCAGCUUCCCUCCACGGGCACUGUGGGUGGAAAUAUACGAUCUUGCGUUCGCGAUCUCCCAAGUUCAACCCUCCGAUCGUACUUCAGUCAUGUCCCGCGGACACUCUAUACAGGCAUACCGCCAUACCCAAAGUGGCCCGGAGAUCUCGUAUUGGUAAAGGAUGCUGCUUCUCGAACUGGGCCUGAGGGUGUGAAAGUGUUGCAACUUCUGGUCGAAAUUGGGGGCAUGGAUGUCAACGACGCGGAAACUUGGUGGAAACCAGGCGACUGCGAUCCAAGGGACUGGAACCCGUUAUGUCAGGAUGGAAGUGAAUGCACAGAGACUGCACUACAUAUUGCAGUUGACAGUGAGAAUGUCGAAGCCGUGGAAUACCUCCUAACGCACGGCGCGAGGAUGGUGGUAGACAGACACGGAAGGGAUCAGAAGGCGAGAUGCCACAUGAGAGGAUUCCGUAAGGUGAUGGAGGUAUUUGAGAAGUAUCAGCAGUAG